AUGUACAUCUCGGAGAUUUUUAUUACUACAACGCAAGGGGAUGUUCUUAUCGACAAACAAUACAGAUUUGAUUUGACUGUAGAUGCCAAAGCAAUUUUCCUGAACAAACUGAGAAAUGUUGGAAGUGACCAUUUGCUGCCUUACUUUGUCCAGGAUAACUUGACUUACUGUCAUAUCAAACGAAAUGGACUCUACAUUAUGGUGGUGACCUCCUGUGAAAUAUCCCCUAUCUUUUUGGUGGAGUUCCUUACCCGGUUUUUUCACAUUUGCAAAGAUUUUUGUGGUAUUGUCAAUGAAGAUGCGAUUCGGGCAAAUAUUCUGUUGAUUUAUGAAAUCCUGAAUGAAAUUGUGGAAUUUGGUUACAUUCAACUGGCAACCACAGACAAAAUCAAGCCAUACAUCCAGUCUGAUCCUGUCUUGGUGCUGGCUAAUCGUUCCCCAGCAGAGGAAAUAGCAUCAAGACUGUUUGGAAUUGAAACCAGAGUGGCUCCAAGUUCUGCCUCAAGCAAACCUGUGGUCCGAACUGCUGCUGAACAGGAAAACCGUAAAAAUGAAAUCUUUGUGGAUGUCAUUGAAAAGAUGGUUGCUGUUGUUAAUGCUGAUGGUCUUGUAUCCCGUAUGAAUGUCACAGGAAACAUCAAUGUCAAGAGUUUUCUUAGUGGCAAUCCUGUAAUCAAAUUAGCCCUCAAUGAAGACCUUACUCUCAGAGAACAGAGCCAUCCAAAAGAUUUUGGUAGCCAUGUUACUAUGGAGCAAUGCAGUUUCCAUCAAUGUGUACGCAAAGAAGACUUUAAUGAUUCACGAUGUUUGGUUGUUCAUCCUCCUAUUGGAGAGUUUUCGGCUAUGACCUACAGACUUGCUUCUGACCCACCUCUGAAGCCACCUUUCCGGUUACAGGUGUAUGAAAGGGAACAGGAGUCAAGUUCAACUGAUACCAGCCUCUCACUACAGCUGCAUAGCCAUAUUCCUGAGAACACUGAAGCAGUCAAUGUAAUUCUAAGAAUACCUGUUCCUGGAACAGUCACUGGAAUCAGCCAGCAGCUAAAUGGACCUGACCAGAUUGUAGAAUUUAAAACUUCUAACAAACAGAUUGUGUGGAAAAUCAAGAAGUUUCCAGGUUCCUCUUUUUUGACUGCAAAUAUUCGAUUGAUCAGUCAUAGUGGGAUAAAGACACGUCUCAAAGAUAUUGAUCAUGUUGUUAUGGAAUUUGAAGCAUCUGGUUAUACUUGCUCUGGAGUACAAAUCCGAUAUUUGCGGGUGUUUGACCGGGACCAGGCAUAUGUGCCCUAUCGUUGGAUUCGUUACAUCACUGUUAGUGAUUCCUAUAUAUUUAAACUGUAA